CCUCCCUUUCUUUUGCUUUCGCUUUCAGAGCAAGAAAAGAACAAGACCCAGUCUUCAGGAGAAAAAGAAAAAGUCCAGUGAGAAACUCUUGAUAAGAUACGAUGGCAACAGAUCCGCAGAAUGGAACAAUACUUUUGGUUCCAUCAUAUGGUGCCAAUGUAAUCCAGGCAGGCCAGAUUAUCCCUGGUACGGUUUUCCAGCCUGGUGGGGUAACACAAUAUGCAGGCCAGCCAAUCAGUCCUUCUCAGCAGAACCCUCAGGCAGGGGUAUUGGAGAAAAUGCUCAAAGUAGAGGCUAAAACUCUGGGGGCCAUUCAGAUCAUGAUUGGACUAAUACACAUCGGAUUUGGGGCUGUCUCACUGACUAUUUUUGGUCAAUCCUACUACCUGCCUUUGGCUGCAAUUGGAGGUUAUCCAUUCUGGGGUGCAGUAUUUUUCAUUAUUUCUGGAUCCCUUUCAGUAUCAGCUGAAAAUCAUCUGAGCAAGCCUUUGGUGAAAAGUAGCGUGGGAAUGAACAUCACAAGUGCUGUGAUGGCAUUAACUGGUGUGAUUCUAUAUAUCUCAGAACUGCUUAUUAAUGUCAUAUCUUCAGACCCCAGUCCUGCAGGUCUUGGUCUUGGUGUUCUACUCCUCCUCUUCAGUUUGCUGGAAUUUUGCAUCACUGUUUCAACAGCACAUUUUGGAUGCCAUGUUGCCUGCUGCAACAAUGACCCGGCCAUGGUUUUUGUGCCCUACACUGUCAGUGGAGGUGUGGCUUGUGCUGAAGGCAAUCCUGCUCCUCCAGCGUAUGAAGCUGUUUCUCUGAAAUGAGAGGCUCAGUCAAGAACUGGGCAGAGUGUCGUUUUAUUGUUAUUAUUAGUCAGUAUAGCAAGCAACAGUCCAACGACACUCUGUGCUUAACUAUAUACAAUUUAUUUACAUAAUUUACAUCCACCGUCAAAGUGCUUCGCCAAGCAAAUCAUCUAGAGAAGAAGGAUACAGUGAACAGUACAUCACUGCUUAUAUACAUAUUAUACAUAGGAUAUGCACCAAUGGGUUACAAAUGCUGAGUCAUUGUGCACUAGACACUCAACCUUUGCACUCGUUACCAAAUGCCAGUCAGAACUGGUUUCACCUUGUUGAGACCUGAUAAGCACUGAAGUCAUUUUGACACUGUCAGAGCAGCAUGAUCUCAGUUGUCACUAGCCUAAUGCCUUAUUGAGCAUUUGUAUUUGCUGACACUCCACCUAAGGCAUAGGCAGUGAGACCUAAUUUAGACCUCAAAUUUGUAUACUUGUCUACACUUAGGCUUUUAGUCGUGUCAUGUCAACCACAUGUCACCAUAUUCAUUACAGAUGUACAAUCCUGUAACAUGAUUAACCUUCUUUGCACAACAUCUUUAACAUUUUGAUAUCUUAGCCGCCCUGAGCCUGCUUCUGCGGGGAGAGCGGGAUAAUAAAUGCAAGAAAUAAAUAAAUAAAUAUCUGAUGUUAA